CAAAACGCGCGCUUAUCCCCCCCGUCGACCUUUUUCCCUACUUGUUUUCUUCUUACCUCCCUCACUCAAACAAAUAUGGCCAAGAAAGAAACCAAGGUUGCCAAGUCCAAUGGCAAGUCGCCCAAGGCUAAUGGCAAGGCCAACGGCAAGGCUGCCCAGAAGGCAGUCCAGAAGAAGAAGGACGAGGAGGUGAAGAAGGUGGUUGCCAAGCCCGUCGAGUCUGACUCUGACUCUUCUUCAGAAGAAGAGUCUGAGGAGGAGGAAGUUCCCAAGAAGGCUGCACCUACGCCCAAAAAGGCUGCUGCUAAGAAGGAAGAGUCUUCCAGUGAGGAGGAGAGUAGUGACGAGGACUCGUCAUCGGAUGAAGAGGAAGCCAAGGGUGCAGUCAAUGAGGUAAAGGUGACUGCAAAGACAAACGGAAAGCCUACUGGCCAAGCAAAGAAACUCACUCCCGCCAAGGAUGAGACGGAUUCGGACUCUGAAGAAGAGGAAGCCAAGGAGACUGUCAAGAAGGAGGCUGCCAAGGCUAAGAAGGCUGCCGAGUCGUCGGACGAGGAGUCUUCUGAAGAUGAGGAAGAUGAGAAGCCUGUUGCUGGUGACAAGAGAAAACGUGAGGCUGACGUUGAGGAGAGCUCGGAAGAAGAAAGCAGCGAGGACGAUGACGAGGAAGAAAGCCCUGCCAAGAAGACAAAGUCUGAUGACAGCAGCAGUGAAGAGGAGAGCUCUGAAGAAGAUGAGGAAGAGGAGGAAGAGGAAAAGCCCAAAAAGCGCGCCGCCGAUGCCGACGCACCCAAGCAGGCCGCAAAGAAAGCCAAGACUGAGAAUGGUGCCGUUGCAACAGAAGAGGCAUCUGAUGAAUCCACCACUGUGUUCCUUGGAGGUUUGUCCUGGGGUUCCACUGAGGAAAGCAUCAAGGAAGCGUUCGCCGAAUGUGGCGAGAUUACCAGUGUCCGUAUUAUUACGGACAAGGCAACUGGCAAGUCCAAAGGAUUUGGUUACAUUGAAUUCACCACUCCUGAGGCUGCCAAGAAAGCAUGCGAAUGGAACAACACCGAGCUCGAUGGCCGAACCAUCAGGGUAGACAUUUCUACACCCCGUCCGGCAAACAAGGACGGUGACAACGGCCGUGGAAGAGGUCGUGUCGAGAAACCCGCCUCUACUCCCGCUUCCACCCUUUUCAUUGGUAACCUCAGCUUCAGCGUUACGGAUGACAUUGUGCGUGAUGCCUUUACCGAACACGGUGAAGUCGUUCACAUUCGCUUGCCAACGGACAGGGACACUGGAAACCCAAAAGGUUUUGGUUACGUUGAGUUUGCCGACGUGGAAACUGCCACCGCCGCUCUUGAGGCUUUGAACGGCGUCGAGCUUGAGGGCCGUAACCUUCGCAUCGACUAUGCUGGCCCGAGACCCGAAGGUGGUAAUGGCAACUCUGGUGGUUUCGGUGGGCGUGGUGGGCGUGGUGGCCGAGGUGGCCGAGGUGGCUUUGGCGAUCGUGGUGGUCGUGGUGGCCGAGGUGGUCGUGGCAAUGGCCGAGGUGGCUUUGGCGGUCGUGGUGGCCGAGGUGGUGCACGUGGCGGUUUCAAGCCUCAGUUCCCCAGCGGCAGCGGUAAAAAGACUGUCUUCAACAACGACGAUUAAGCAACAUCCCGCGCUUCCACGUUACCUCACCCUGUUUGAUAAUUGACUGUUUCAUGUCUCUCGAUCUGCUUAUUUAUAUGCAAUGUCUCCGUUCCGUCGACGUAUUAUGCACUAGCUGGUUUUAAUAGUGCAUGUAUGUAAGUAGGUGUGCUAGCUCUCUUUGGGAGACCUUUAUUCUUUCGCAACAUGCGGGUUAGUUGAUGUGUGUGGUGGGUUUUUGUAUUAUAGCUCUUGCAUUAUAGCAUCAUUUUGUCGGUUUGUCUCUCUUUCAAUAUAGUAGUUUACUUAUCAACUA